UUUUAUAGUCAACUUUUAGCUUUACCGUCAGCGACGAGUAGAAGAUACAGCGAAUACUGAAAGGGAAGAAGUGAAGAAGAUGGUUCAGAGAUUGACGUAUCGGAAGCGGCAUAGCUAUGCCACCAAAUCAAACCAACACAGGGUCAUCAAAACUCCCGGUGGAAAGCUGAUUUACCAGAGUACCAAGAAGAGAGCUAGUGGUCCUAAAUGUCCUGUUUCUGGGAAAAGAAUUCAAGGGAUCCCGCACCUAAGGCCUGCUGAGUACAAGAGAUCCAGAUUGCCUAGGAAGAAGAGGACUGUGAAUCGUGCCUACGGUGGUGUCCUGUCUGGCAGUGCCGUUAGGGAGAGAAUCAUCCGCGCUUUCUUGGUUGAAGAACAAAAAAUUGUUAAGAAGGUUUUGAAGAUUCAGAAAGCUAAGGAAAAGCAAGCUUCGAAGAACUGAAAAUCAGGGAUUAAUAAAAGUGCCAUGAUCUCAUGAAGCAUGAUGUUUAGUGUGUUCAGGAUUCGGUGUGAACAUUUAGUUGAAUUUUUACUUUCUAGACUCUAGCUUCGAGUAUGAUUACCACUCAUAAUCUGAAAGUAUUCUCGUGAAAACGACCUUAUUUCGUACA